UUGUUGAGUUGUUGAGCUAUAUUCUUUAGAUAAACUAUUUAGAUAAACUUGUGUUGACAAACGUUCGAUUCAAGACUUCGCCUUAACGUUGCCGACCAUGGAUGUGACAGUCAUGUCUUGCUCCAGCUGUUUCUUCCUGAAAUAUUUUGCUGUCUUUUGGUUGGCUUUCAGUGAUGCUCAACUUCAACCUCCUUCAGAUGGUUCGGAAAUUGUUCUUAACUCUGGUGAAACUAAAUCAAUAACAUGGAGGUAUAAUGGUGUGGUGCCUGAGUUUGAUUUUAAGAGUUGGACUUUCAUUGAUGUUGAUGGCACAAAAGGUCUGGCAACAAUGGAUUCUGGUGGAUUAAAAACAUUUCACGAGCUCAACAUAGACUUUAGAAUAAUAGAACCCUUCACUUUGGUAUUGAGGAGUGUAAAUGAAACAUACAAUGGAACAUAUUCCUUAAAUGUGUUUUCAAUUACAGCAGUCGCUGAAACAUCAACAGUUGAUGUCUUUAUUGCUGUUCCACCAACAAUUGAUGUCAACUGUUCCGAUACAACAACUCUUAAUGCAAGUGCAUCUUUUUCUUGCCAAUGUAAUGCAAAAAAUGGAAAUCCACCUGUUAAUGAAGUCAAAUGGUAUAAAGAUCCUCAAGUCCUUUCCUCAGGGACAGAAAUGGCAAUAUUAAAAAUUGAAAGAGCAAAUCGCUUUGACAAUGGCCAGUACAGAUGUGAAGCAAUGGGUCAUGAGAAAUCAAAAGCAGAAAAAACAAUUGAAUUGAUUGUUAACUAUAAACCUGUCAAUGUUCGGUUGACUCUCCAGAGAGAAGGUGAUAAAGCAACAUUGACCUGCACUGCUGAAGGCAACCCACCACCAAGAUAUGAAAUAUUUGUUAAUGGUUCAUUAAGUGUUAUGAAUGGAUCAACACUUGUCAUAAAUGAAGUCUCCACAAAAAAUGUUGGUGAUUACACUUGUAGAGCAACCAAUAAUCUAGGUAGCCAAUUGUCACAAAAAGUGAACCUACCUCUUAAAGCUCCACCAACAAUUGAUGUCAACUGUUCCGAUACAACAACUCUUAAUGCAAGUGCAUCUUUUUCUUGCCAAUGUAAUGCAAAAAAUGGAAAUCCACCUGUUAAUGAUGUCAAAUGGUAUAAAGGUACUCAAGUCCUUUCCUCAGGGACAGAAAUGGCAAUAUUAAAAAUUGAGCGAGCAAAUCGCUUUGACAAUGGCCAGUACAGAUGUGAAGCAAUGGGUCAUGAGAAAUCAAAAGCAGAAAAAACAAUUGAAUUGAUUGUUAACUAUAAACCGGUCAAUGUUCAGUUGACUCUCCAGAGAGAAGGUGAUAAAGCAACAUUGACCUGCACUGCUGAAGGCAAUCCCCCACCAAGAUAUGAAAUAUUUGUUAAUGGUUCAUUAAGUGUUAUGAAUGGAUCAACACUUGUCAUAAAAAAUGUCUCCACAAAAAAUGUUGGUGAUUACACUUGUCGAGCAACCAAUAUUCUAGGUAGCCAAUUGUCACAAAAAGUGAACCUACUUCUUAAAGUUCCACCAACAAUUGAUGUCAACUGUUCCGAUACAACAACUCUUAAUGCAAGUGCAUCUUUUUCUUGCCAAUGUGAAGCAAAAAAUGGAAAUCCACCUGUUAAUGAUGUCAAGUGGUAUAAAGAUCCUCGAGUCCUUUCCUCAGGGACAGAAAUGGCAAUAUUAAAAAUUGAGCAAGCAAAUCGCUUUGACAAUGACCAGUACAGAUGCGAAGCAAUGGGUCAUGAGAAAUCAAAAGCAGAAAAAACAAUUGAAUUGAUUGUGAACUAUAAACCUGUCAAUGUUCGGUUGACUCUCCAGAGAGAAGGUGAUAAAGCAACAUUGACCUGCACUGCUGGAGGCAAUCCACCACCAAGAUAUGAAAUAUUUGUUAAUGGUUCAUUAAGUGUUUUGAAUGGAUCAACACUUGUCAUAAAUGAAGUCUCCACGAAAAAUGUUGGUGAUUACACUUGUCGAGCAACCAAUAUUCUAGGUAGCCAAUUGUCACAAAAAGUGAACCUACCUCUUAAAGGCAUGAGCACAACUACUCCAUCAACAACUGACACAGGCAUGAGCACAACUACUCCAUCAGCAACCGACACAGGCAUGAGCACAACUACUUCAUCAGCAACCGACACAGGCAUGAGCACAACUACUUCAUCAGCAACCGACACAGGCAUGAGCACAACUACUUCAUCAGCAACCGACACAGGCAUGAGCACAACUACUUCAUCAGCAACCGACACAGGCAUGAGCACAACUACUUCAUCAGCAACCGACACAGGCAUGAGCACAACUACUUCAUCAGCAACCGACACAGGCAUGAGCACAACUACUUCAUCAGCAACCGACACAGGCAUGAGCACAACUACUUCAUCAGCAACCGACACAGGCAUGAGCACAACUACUUCAUCAGCAACCGACACAGGCAUGAGCACAGCUACUCCAUCAGCAAAUGACACAGGCAUGAGCACAACUACUCCAUCAGCAACCGACACAGGCAUGAGCACAACUACUCCAUCAGCAAAUGACACAGACAAAAAGGCCAUAAAAAGUAGUGAGGGUGGUCUUGGUGGUGGUGUUAUAGCUGGUAUUGUUAUUGGUGUUUUGGUUGUCAUCAUCAUCAUUGUCGUUGUUGUUUACUUUUGUGUAGUUAAGAAAAAUAAAGACAACAGACUGGGUAACUCAAAGAGUAAUGCUGAGUACAGCAAAGCUGCAGAUAGUGCAGACAAGGAUACUCAUUAUGCUGCCCUUGAUCCAGUUGCAUUGAACGCAGGUGGUAGCAGGCCACGUGCAGAUGAACCUCCACCACAGACUCAAUAUGCCAGCAUUGAUCAUGGUGCUACCGGAUCAACAAAGGCUGAUCUUGUAUGAGCAAGGUUAGAAAGGAAAUAACUUCAGAAAAGAAAUUCACUAUAAUUCACGAGUAGACAAUGAAAACUUUACAGCAAGUUUUACGAUUUUUUACAAGAAAAGGCAACAGGGGUAUUGUCGUUGAUGAUGGGGCUGUUCUGUCAAAUGAGAAAUAAUUAAUACUUUAUUUACCUAUUUUAUCUAUGAUUAUUCUAUAUCUUGUAAUGGUCUUGAUUUUAAUUGCACUUUAUGCAUAUUUUGACUAGCGUUGACAACGACAGUUCCUAGUUAAGAACGGUUUCGUAGCCAGAAAUUAAAUUUUGUCCUGUAGAGCAAAUUUCUCUUUCUUUACUGCAAAAAAAACACAAAACAUUAGAUUUCUAAAGAAAUUAAUGAUUAUCAUAAUGUUCUGAAAUGUACUUAGCAGGACCAAAACUUGCAGCCUGGCGACGUUACUAGUUUAGAAGCUAUCAAAUUAUACCGUCCAAUAGCAUGGAAUUGACCAAUUCGCUUAGAUUUAUAACCAAACAAUGAUAUAGUUAAUGUAGUGUAAAAUGUGUUGACUGUAUGUAACUUAGUCUACCACUUUCUUCACUCAUACUGAGCAUGCGUAACUUGAAUGUACUUAGGAUUUUAGGUAUAUUUUAUGAUUGUGUUUGUUAUACCUAAAACAUUGGUCUAUAACUCUUCAAUAAAUUAUUGACAAAAACAGUCA